AUGCCUUCAUAUGCUAAAUUUUCGAAGGAGCUCCUCACUAAGAAAAGGAAGUACAUUGAAGAGGAAACCAUUAAAGUUCAAGGAAACUGUAGUGCUAUCAUACAAAAGCUUCUACCUCCCAAGUUGAAAGAUCUAGGAAGCUUCACCAUUCCUUGCACCAUAGGGAAUAUCUCUGUUGGAAAGGCACUAAUUGAUUUGGGAGCCAGUAUCAAUCUCAUGUCGCUCUCCAUGUUUGAAAAAAUUGAAGUUUUGGAACUCAAGCCUACAUGGAUGACUAUUCAACUAGUUGAUAGAUCUCUGAAAUAUCCUUAUGGGGUAGCUGAAGAUGUGAUUGUGAAGGUAGACAAAUUUCUGUUUCCUAUGGACUUUGUUAUCAUGGAGAUGGAGGAGGAUGUAAAUGUGCCUCUUAUUCUUGGGAGACCUUUUAUGAAGACUGCGAGAGUUUUUAUUGAGGUGGAAAACGACAAACUGAAGGUGAGAGUGCAAGAUGAAGAAGUAAACUUUCAUGUUUUUGAAGCUAUGGCUCACCCAAAGGAUGACAAGGAGUGUUUCCAUCUUGACACUCUUGACAAAAUUUGCAUGAUACAAGAGAAGAAAGCAAAUGAUAUUUUUCUUUUAGAGGAGAUGCUAGUUGACACUUGUGAAGAAUUAAAUGAGAAAGAAGAAGAAUUGAUUGAUGAGUGCUUGGAUGAUUUGAAAGAAGUCCCUUUGCAUAAGAUGGAAGAGAGCAACCCAGAAGAAAAAGUAAAGGAAAGCAAAUUGGAGCUGAAGAUGUUACCACCACACUUGAAGUAUGCGUUUUUGGAAGAAGGGGGGAAUAAACCAGUUAUCAUCAGUAAUUCUCUCUCUCCCAAAGAAGAAGAAAAGUUGGUUGAGAUACUAAAAGCCAACAUAGGAGCUCUUGGAUGGUCAAUCUUAGAUCUCAAAGGCAUAAGUCUGACAUAUUGCAUGCACAAAUUUUUUAUGGAGGAUGAUUACAAACUAGUUGCUCAACCAUAG